CUCACGGCGCGGCGCGAGGCCAGUCCGAGAACGCGACCCUAACACUAACAUCCGGUGUAUUCCGAGAAAGAGAGAACGAGAGAGCGGGAGAGGGAGACGAGAAUCGGAAACGGAAACGAUUGACUGCUUGAUCGCCGCAUCGCCAGUACAAUCGGCCAACAUGAAGAUCAUCCUGUUGCUCUUCGUCGUCGUGGUCUUCGCCUCAGCCCAGAGAAUCACAACGAUCCAGCUGGAUGGCAUACAGUAUUUCGUCUCACGGAUGAAUCCCUACAGUCCAGAACUCAACUACUUCCUGGCGUAUCAGUAUUGCCGUUCCCUGGGUCUCCAAUUGGCGUCCUUCGAAACGAAGGAGAAGGCCGACACGAUGACGCAAUAUCUGAAAAACGCCGGUUACACGAAAUAUGAUUUUUGGACCUCUGGCAACAAAUUAGGCACCGACAUGUUUUUGUGGAUGAGCACGGGAUUGCCGUUCAAUGUCACCUUUGACUACAUGCUGAAGCGACCUGGCAACAGAUCUGUCGACGUGCCACCCGGCACCGAGCCUCAGAGAGUGGCACGUGAAAGUGGCGACAGCGGCAGCGCGGACGGAUGCGUCGCGAUGGUUGCACCUACGUUAGCCUGGGAAGCGCAAGAUUGCACCCUCGUGAAAGACUUUAUCUGCGAGCAAACAAGAUGCUACUACUACAACUACGGCAGCAUUCCAGUCUCCGCGACUCAGGGAAAUCACAGGCCCUACAUUACGACCACCUCGGCGCCAGCCAGCGACGACCAAGCGAGCGAUCGCGAAGACAAUACCAACGUCGACUAUAACUAUUCGGACAACCAGGACGAGCAGGCGACAUCACCAGAAGCGAACGAGAAAUUAUCAGAGGACCCGGUCGUCAGCAGGCUGAUCACCACGGUCGCUCCCGCAUCUGGCAAUCAGCAGCACGCCAUCGAAACAACAUCGUCGACAUCGCUGUUCGACGACGGUCACGAGCACGAACGCUCGGCCGUCAGCGACGUGGACGACACUCGACCGGUGCACAUCCCGGAUAUCACGAGCUUGUUCACCGACAACCCCGUCGUGACGUCCCAAGCGCGCAAGGACAGCGUCUUCGACGGUUUUGAGACCCGCGAGAUUCUACGGCCGUCGGCGUCCCGUCCUGUCAUCCCCCCCUCCUCCUCGUCGUCAGAUAUAAGGAUGGAGCAUCGCGAAUCUGCCGAUUACGGCGACCUAACGGAGACCGAGCUGCCCAACAACGGUCUCGAGAACGCCCACACGAUCGGUCCGUACGACAGCAUGCCGGAUUACGCGAACGACCAGCCGGCGGCGGACACGAUGUUGAAGGACCAGGACGACGACAGCAGUACGAUCCUGCCAGAAGCGGAACCGGCCUACAGGUACAACAUCAAAGUGCGCACCAACGGCAAAGUAUUAGACCCUCCGUCCAAGUAACGCUUCACUUCCUUCCUAGGCAACGUCGCGUUAUCUAGCGUCGUAUAAGUGACAAACACAGACACAAGCACACAUUUACACGCACACAUAGAUUGAUUCUUGAGGAACUAGGUAUAUAUGUAUAUCGCGCGAGUUCGUUACGCGACACGGGCGGCCAGCUAUCACCGCCUUCGUCGCCGCUCGCUUAGUUCUAACUUAAGGUGUACACUCCAGGUACAAUGCUCGAUAGUUUUGGAUCAGAGAGAGAGGGACACGAUUUUUGUCAGCUUUCUCGGUCGGCGGCAGGCAGAGAUGAAUGAUUUCGGAUCAUCGUUAGAAUUAUUCGGCGCUUUGAAACGAACGCGGCACGAAAAUGAUAAUAUUGCGAAAGUUUGUCGAAAAGAUAGAAGCCGCGGUAUCAAUCGAAAAGACGAAUUAUUCUCCUGCCGACGUUACUCGAUAAACUGCUACAUUUUCGCAAGGGCAUUUACACGAUUAUUUAGCUCAUCCUGAAUCAUCAAUGACGCCGGCGAACGAAUCGUAGAAUGAAUCUGUUUUUAUCUUCAUCUCAUUUAUUCUUUAUUUCGACUUUGUCAUCUUUAAUUUAUUGUCAUAUUGAAUAUGACAAAUCAUCUUUAAUUCAUUGUCAUAUUGAAUAUGACAAGUCAACGUUCCAAAAAAUCGGAAAAAAAAAAACAAAAUCUGACCCAGGAUUUACUAUCGACAUUACUAGCGCGUCCGCCAGCGUCUUAUAUCUUCGUAAGGAAAUAAUCAUCAUCGUAUUUAAUGUAUAUCUAUACGUCUGCAAGACGAAACGUUCGACAGUCCAAUAGUUCUCGAUAUUUUCGAUAUGCAAUAUUAAAAAGAUCGCGAAUGUUAAUCUCUCAACGUUUCGGUCAUUCAGACGUAUGAUGAUUGGCGUACGUAGUUUCGUUAAUGUAAAAUGUUGUUCUCUAACUGUUAAGUCACUUCCACAUUAAUUAAGCGUACAACGGCGCGAAUGUGCGAUUUGUAUAACUAAACUUUAAUAAAGGUACAAUUACAAUCUUA